GCCUCAAUCAGAACAAACCGUCUGCACAAUGGCCAAGUCGAGCUUCUCGGAUGUGCGACUGCAGGAUAAAAGCUCUCAAGGCGUCAGUAUGUCUACACCGUUCUACCUUCACGCUCUGGCAAUCUGUUGUCGUUUUCACUCGAUCGAACUAGUUGAUCUCCUGGCUUACUCUGCUCUGUCUUUGCUUUUUUUUCUUUGUUGACUAUUUCUAGUUCGUCGCUGGAAUUUCCCUUUCCUUUCAAGAUGCCGGUGAAAUCAGCUAGUUCGGUCAGCCCGGAUGAGCCCCUCAAGCAUGAAAAGUCUCGUGAUGGCCAUUCCGAUGACGAGGGCUCAGAUGGCGAGGGCUCAGAUGGGGAGAGAGAACUUGUCAUACUUGAGCUUCCCAAGGUGGAUGGUGCCGACUAUGGAGACGAGGAGCUCGAAGCCGAACUCACCAAGCUCGGGCGGUCUAAACGUUCGAGCUAUGCCAUCCGCCGUCCACGGAUAUUCAUUCCGGCCCGGGACCAUGAAGUCUUCUCGGUGACGGAACCGCCUCUCGCUGGCACGAGGCUGUUCCAUAAGUAUCGGGUUGGACGGACAACUUUCCGGAUCCUGAUCGGCACCGAGCCACCGCCGGGCCCGUCCGACCAGACGAACACGCUGGGAUACCAACUGCUCCGGAAAGAUAUGUUCCUCCUGAGCAGUUCGCUGCCGGCAUUGUGCCAGCCGUUCUUCAAGGCGUAUGCGGACUGGACCGGCGACGAUCUCGAGAGUCAUCUCCUGCGUUCCGAAGUCCACUUGCAGUUGGCGACCAACAAGGACGGACUGCCCACGGUCAUCAACCUCACUCCGCCGGGCCAUCUGCCCGCCUUUACGGUUCGUCAGGGCCCGGGAUAUGACAAGACCCCCUGGCCGGACCUAAGCAUUCCCGCCGGCUUUCCCCGCUAUGAACUCGCGGCAGCCACAGUGGUGGAGACGAUAUUCCCGGACCGGGUAUACAAGGUUGAGAUCGACGGCACGCCGCUCAUCUACAAGAGAGGGAAGUGGCGGAAGUGGCUCACACGCGAGGCUACCAUGCUUCGGGAAUUGGAGGGGUGUUCCCUUCGUAUACCCAAGCUGGCGGGCUUCAUCGGGUUGGAGAGCCAGGGUCCAGGAAUUCUGAUAUCGUUCAUCCCCCACGAAACCACUCUGUGGGAUGUUCGGGACAACAUGCAGACGACGGAUCUCGCUGUGCGCCACAAGUGGUUUGACCAAAUUCAGGGAACUGUCAUGGUGCUUCACCAGAGGGGUAUGACCUGGGGAGAUGUCAAGCCAGACAACGUUCUGAUUGACAGCAACCGGGACGCGUGGAUCAUAGAUCUAGAGGGAGGUGCUACAGAGGGCUACGUGCCCCUAGAGCUGACGGGAACAGUAGCAGGUGAUCUUGUGGGGUUGAAGGCGAUCCGUGAAUUCUUGGGCUUGCCGGACUGAAGGAUAGAUGGCUGGCUAUGAAUGAUCAGAGGCGUGGAGCCCGGUGAUGAUGUACCUAGUGAACACUUG